AUGGCGAACUACCUCGCCUCCAUCUUCGGCACAGAACAAGACAAAGUAAACUGCAGUUUCUACUACAAAAUCGGCGCCUGCCGCCACGGCGACCGCUGCUCACGCAAACACGUCAAACCCUCCUACUCGCAAACCAUCCUCCUCCCCAACCUCUACCAAAACCCCGCCUACGACAACAAAUCACGCAUGAACCCGCAACAGCUCCAAAACCACUUCGACGCCUUCUACGAAGACUUCUGGUGCGAGAUGUGCAAAUUCGGAGAAAUCGAAGAGGUGGUCGUGUGCGAUAAUAACAACGAUCAUCUGAUUGGGAAUGUGUAUGCGCGGUUCAAGUAUGAGGAGUCGGCGCAGAAGGCUUGCGAUGCGUUGAAUUCGAGGUGGUAUGCGGCGCGGCCGAUUUAUUGUGAGUUGAGUCCGGUGACGGAUUUUCGGGAGGCGUGUUGUAGGUUGAAUUCUGGGGAGGGGUGUGUGAGGGGUGGGUUUUGUAAUUUCAUUCAUCGGAAGGAGCCCAGUCCGGAGUUGGAGAGGGAGCUGGAACUUGCUACGAAGAAGUGGUUGAGGGAGAGGGGACGCGAUCCGAGGUCUGUGACGAGGAGUCCUUCGCCUGAGCCGGCCAAUCCGAGGUAUUAG